AUGUCCAAGGUCACUCCCGAGGCGCCGUCGGCCCAAGACCAACAUCUCUUCAGGGGCUUCGCCAACUCGUUGAACGUGGAUUUUACCCGACCCGUGGACGAGAUCAGUAUCAGCAGAGCCGCGACACUUGCCAAAAAGGCGGAUCAGAGUAGCACCCCUGUCGACGAUGCCGCCGUCGCUAAUGGCGAGGCGCAAGCCACGGCAGACAAGACCUAUGACCCGUGCAUCAGCGAGUGGCGUUCGCGAGCCACGGUGUUGAUCGGAGGCACCGAUGCCAUGCUGCGCGAUUUGCUGGCAAGAGCCGGCGUGGAGUGGGAGAUCGCCACGCUGGUGACAAGUUCGCCCAGUGCCGUCUGGCGCUGGGCCGAUGUCACCUGUUCGUCAUGCACCCUGACUGCUGUCGCGAGACGGAGAGACCAGACGCCCUUGGGGGAAGUCAGAAAGAGGCACCUCUUGAUACUGGACCGCUUGGACACGCGUCGGGUCCUCAAGUUGGCUGUCUUCACCAGGCUGAUGAGGCUCCGCGAGGAUUUGGCGCUGGACGUCUACAUGACGGUCAACGACGCGAAAGACAACGAUAUGAAUUUAGCCGCCUUUCACACUGCGCCCAACAUCAAGGGUGAACUCUCGGAGUCUGACGCGCGCGACCGCCAGCCCGAUGCAAUGGGCACCAUGCCUACGGCCAACGGCCUUCCCUACUGGCUGCCCAAACAACCGCCACCUUUGCCGCGCAUCGGCAACCAGGGCGUGUAG